AUGAGCCUUUCUUCAGAAGUGGCUCAAUGGCAGGAUGACUCAGAAGCACCUUCUUGUGGAUUAUGCCAGUCUAAGUUUACAAUAUUCAAUAGAAGACAUCAUUGCCGGAAGUGUGGGAAGGUUGUAUGUGGUGAUUGUUCUACUCAAGAAAUAAAAUACCUACCGAACACCUUUAUUGUAAACCCAAGCAAUAUAAAGAAGAAGCUGCAGCUGAAUGAACUUUAUAAGACAUGCGAUGAAUGUGCGGCUGAAGUUCGUAUGAUCAGGAGGGCUUUGUUCGGUGGUAACUUUGGAAUGGAGACUCCUGCAAAUGGUGGCGAAAGGUCUGAUAACAAUGCCACUGAUGAAAAUGAUACAUUUAUUGACAGCUCAAGCUCGACGAAAUAUGCUACAAGAACGAGGACAAGGCUGUUGAGAUCUUCAACUCAAUCAUCGCUCAAUGUGAAUCGUCAUAGAGAUAAUGAAAGUGAUCUCAAUUUAUGUCCUAUAUGCGGCACCGACUUGCUCAAGGCUUAUAUUAAUGAGCAUAAGAAGAAGAUAGAUGAAAUUAGUAAUAUCGAUUUUGAAGCGUUUAAAGAGAGUCAUAUCAGCAACUGCCUAACUGCAUUUGAUUUUAAUCUUGAUCAUCAAAGGUUCAACUCUCCUGAUCAAAAUGACGCUCAGAAGCAUCCGAGAAACAAAAUGCUUGUGUACAAUAUGCCCCCAAUCCCGAAGCCGAAAUAUGAAAGCAUUCCUAACAUAGAGGGUUCUUCGUUUGAUACGGUCAAACAAUGUGGGUUUUUCUUAGAAAACAACGAAGGACAAAACACUUCUAACCGAGAGACUAAAAUCGGCUCCGUUGAGUCAAACUCGACAAUUCAUCAGACUUCUGAGAAACAGAAUAUAGAUGCAUCGCUUGAUCACGAGUGUGUUAUAUGCUUAGAUGAGUUAAAGCCUGGAGACAAGGUAGGUCGGUUGGAAUGCUUGUGCGUUUUCCACUAUAAAUGCAUUAAGGAUUGGUUCAAUAAGAAGGGCUACGGCCAAUGUCCUGUUCAUUUCUUCCAUCAAUAG